GAGAACAGCUCGGAGAGGCUGCCGACAUUGGCCGAGCUAAUACCACACCCGGCGCUCAAUUGGCCCUUCGAAUUGGACACCUUCCAGAAACAGGCCAUUCGCUGCCUAGAACGCAAGCAGUCCGUUCUUGUGGCUGCGCACACUUCGGCGGGCAAGACUGUGGUAGCCGAAUACGCCUGUGCAAUGUGCAAGCGACACGGAUCACGGGCAAUCUACACCAGUCCAAUCAAAGCCCUAUCUAAUCAGAAAUUCCGCGAUUUUCGGAAAACAUUUGGAGACGAUGUGGGACUGGUGACUGGCGACAUCAGUGUGUCAGUGAAUUCACGCAUCUUAAUCAUGACCACUGAAAUUCUCCUCAACAUGGUGCGCAAUGCCUCAAUCGACGACAUCGAGGCUGUCAUCAUGGACGAGGUGCACUACCUGGGUGACAAGGAGCGUGGUCACGUGUGGGAGCAGUUGCUGCUUAUGCUACCACAAAGAGUGACGUUGGUAUUGCUGAGUGCCACCCUUCCAAACAUCAUUGAGUUCGCGGGUUGGCUUGGUCGGGCACGUGGUGGAAUUGAAAUCCACGUGUGCCAGACACUUAAACGGCCCGUGCCCCUGCAACACUACAUCUACACGGGCCGCGACAGGCGAACCCGCAAUAACCUAUACCUCGUUGUGAACAAGGAGGGAAAAUUUAUGCGUAAAGGUCAGUGA